AUGAAGAACCCGAUGGCGACGUGGAACGGCCUCCCGGCCGAGCUCAGAGGGCUCAUCAUGGACUACGUAGCCAUCGGCGCCCAGGAGUACAACAGGUCCAAGGCCUCAAAGGGCAAGAAGGCCAGCAGGCGCCGCGGCAUGGGCGGCUACGCCGUCGUCUGCAAGCAGUGGCAGUGCUUCAUCGAGAAGCACAACUUCAGGACUCUCGAGGUCGGCUCGGCUAGGGACCUCUCGCGCUUCGACCAGAUCAUGAAGGACCCCCGCCGCCGCUCGCUUCUCCGCCGAGUGUCGCUGCGCGUCGAGCUACCCCGCUAUUCUAAGAAGCUGGCCAAGGUACCCGAGACGGACAUCGAGAUGGACGAAAACGAAGUCAUGUUUACGCGGGGGAUUUGGAACUUGUUCGACAUCCUGAGCAAGUGGACGUUGGAACGUCCUGAGGGGAUCGAGUUGGAGCUGGGCGCAGCGUCGCCGAGUGACAAGCCCGAGCUCUUUGGAGAGGCGGGGCUGGAUGAGAAUAGCGAGUCGCGGUUCUUCAGUCACGAACUCGACUUCUCUUGGAUCACGGCCGGAUGCGAGCAGGUUGGACGUCACGGCCUUCCGGAAGUGUCCGUCGUCUCAAGUUGUCAUAUCCUCAGAAAGAACCAUCGCAACUUCUCCUCUCAUGCGCUUCUCACCAUCUUCUCGAGUCUACCCAAGCUGCGGGAGAUUCGAUAUGAGCCGUGGCAUCAGAUCGAUAUGGAGUCGCAGCUAGAAGUCGAUUCAGAUCUCGCCCGGACCAUGCCCUUUUAUCCAUCACACAUAAAUCGGGUCAGUAUCUUUGAGCACUUCGACGCAUUCAACGAUGGAGCCGGAGGCGAAGAGUGGGAGGACGCAGAUUCGUCGUCUUCUUCCUCAUCAGACGACGACAAUGAUGACCAUGAUGACGGGUAUCCGGACAACAACGAAGACAAUGGGGGCGACGACGAGUCCAACACCAGUGGAGACGAAAGUGAUGCCCCUAUCGACCCCUUGGACACGGAUCCGUUUCUUCCUGAGAGGACAGAAUGUCGAAGUCUCGCCAAGAACCUGGCCUAUCUAAGCCUUCAAGCGGAAGAGAUGGCGGUAUCCAACAUGGCUGAUGCAUCCACCUUUUUCGGCAGCUUGCUCUCCAACAAGACCCAGCCGCCCGUAUGGACGAAUUUACGCAGACUCACCCUCACCUCUCACACCAUGUUAUCCGGCAUUGAACCCGAGCAGAUCAACAAGGUCCUGCAUCUCACAGCCACCGCCGCGAAGCAGAUGCCUGCGCUGAAGAUGCUGGAGCUGUAUAAGGUGGACCAGUUCGGCGCCGCCGUCUUCCGCUACACGGUCGACACCAUGUCGACAACGGCGAGCUGGGAGAGCACGUGGGAGUUCCGCACGGAGGAGCGCGUCAGGACCGCCUGGUCGGCCGUCGCCUCCAAGAACACCAACCACGAGCUGGAGUUCCUGCCCGAGGUGAUGCUGGGCGAGUACCGCGGACCGUUCAUCUUCAUCAACGAGAACCUCCGGUCCAAGGACUUGGUGGUACACCCGGCCUCGCUCGCGGACAUGCUGGCCAAGGAGAUGAACAAGUGCAAUGCUUGCCACGGGUUCUGCGCCUAUCCGAAGCCGAACCUCCCCCUUGGCUUGACCCCGACGGCCUCUACUCACGGAGUGGUCGACCUGACCGGAGAUUCGGAGUGA